AUGACCGCCUCAAAAGCACUCUAUAUGGAUGAUGCAUUGGUUGGAGUUGCUGGAAUGGAGUUCACAUUGGAUGGAUUCGCUCAUAGACUUUCGAAAAUGGGAUGUGGACCUCAGAUACAUUUUCAGGAUGAUCACAGAUGGUGUUUAUUGUUGGAUGAGCAUGCGUAUGUUGUAUAUAGUAGUUUGAACAGUACGCGAUAUGCUCAUAUGUUCUCAACGAAUGCUGAUGAGCGAAAGAAAAGCAUUGUCGGUCGUUGGUUUGGUAAUAUCAACCGAAUCACUGAACGUACGAUGAGCCUUCUUCUUAAGAAUAACUUCUACACUGAGUUAGUGGUUACUGUUGUUAAUAUAUUCUCAAAAGCGUUUCAUAUGACUUUGAUCUUUCAAUUCUUUAUUAAUAAGUUUUCGAUGAAUGGUCAGUGUAAAUGUAAAACCACUUAUGUUGAUUAUCAAGCACUCUGUAAGGAACAACCACCAUUGAUGACAACUGCCGGUGCCUUAAAGCCGGUUCUUUCGAUAUUCAGUUCAAUAUUUUGGAUUAUAUCACGGAUCUGGUAUGCGCUUCGUCAAUUCGCGAUCGUGCAUCUCAUCGAAUCGUUGUUCAGUCCUGUUUAUGCCUAUACAGUGACAUUCCAUGAUGGCACCGAAGGGCAUGCAUGUGACAAGGCAUCGAAUUUCUAUUUGGCGAAUUGGGGUGAAGAAGGUUGGAUGGGUACACGUACACCACAUAGCACGGCGCUUAUCGCGGAUAAUCUCGCUGAGCGACCGUGUCGGCACAAUACCGCGAAAUGUGCUGUAAAAAUGUAUGCGAGUUGGGUUCGAGGCACAAAUUUACUAUUGGUGGUAAUUGCGCAAGCGAAUUUAGCAUCAAGUGCAUGCUACGAUGAAACGCAAUGCCCGUUGUCAUCACCGUCCGAAUUCAGAUUUGGAUUCUUUCAGCAAUUCAACGCUGUGUUUCAGGUGGACAAUGCAUCAGAUAAGCAACAGGUGAUGAGUAUGGAGCCUUCAGAUCCGUUUGGUGAGAACAGUUACGAACGUAAAUGCCGGCACGUCCGAGCCAAGCAACGGAAGGCACCAUCCAAAUGUGUUCGAACUGAUGACGUACGCGAUGUUCAGCUUCAUUUCGUUAAUCAAACACCGAACGAACGAACAUUCAAUGUGUUGUUCGUUUAG